CACAACAUAAACCAGAUACUGGAAGCGUCUGAGCAGAGCUUACCGUCAGCUGUCAUGAUGGCAAAGCUGUGGCUUCUCCUGCUCCUGUGCUGGGCAUGGAGUCCCCUGUGUGCGUCGUACAAUGUUGGCUUCGUCGGUACUCCAAAGGAGUGUGAGAAGGCUCACUUCGUCCCUGGCUACAACCUGGGCGGGGAAGGUUUCGACAUCGUCACAAUGGAGCGGAAAGGUGCCUAUGUCAUCGACACUGAGACGUGGAAGCUUGGCAAUGGCACCUGCAAGCUGUACAGAAACUCCUACAUGAACAGAGAGAACCAGAAGGUCCCAGCUGCAGUGGAGGACUGGAGAGUCCUCCCAAAGUGCCGUUCUACAGUCUCCAGCACCGUUUACGACUCAGUGGAAACCCUUGUUAAUGCAUCCACAUCGGCAGUGUCCAACAACUGGAAGAACGGCCUCGACAUCACUGGGCCUGGUUCUGUCACUCUUGGGUUCGGCUUUGGAGGUUCCCACUCCAAAGAAUCAACCUUUUCCAUGCAGAAGUCGAAACAGGACCACUACACCUUCAUGAGCCAUUCUGUCCAAUGUAGUUUCUACAGCUACAGAAUGAAAAAUAAUCCUCCCUGGAGUCGUGACUUUAAAUCAGUGGUGAGCUCCCUUCCUCCGCACUCAGCCCAAACCGCACAUUUGUACCGCAGAACCAUCGACACCUUCGGUACACAUUACAUCACACAGGUGGUUCUGGGAGGGCAAAUGAAAUCAAUCACUUCUGUGAGGACCUGCAAGGCAUCCAUCAAUGGAUUUUCCACAACUGACGUCCAGGACUGUUUGUCAGUCGAGGCCUCUGUUGGCUUUGCAAGCACUGCCAGCAUUAAGACCAUGGUGGAAGAAUGUAAGCGAAAGAAGAGGGAGUUAGGUCAUUAUCAGAGUUUUAGCAGCAUGUUUAGUGAGCGCUUCACUGAGAUCAUUGGAGGAAACAUUAACGGAGCUAAUGUCUUCUUUCAUUCAGACCCCAUUGUCUGCCAAAAUUGGCUCAACUCACUGAAAAACACACCUGAGGUAAUCCGAUACAGCAUUCAGCCCCUCCACACCAUACUGCCGUUGGGUCACUUUGCAAGCGUAGGACUCAAGCAUGAGGUGGAGACGUACAUCAAGAAAAACGCAGUAUUGAAGAAAUGCUCAGAAACCUGUAAGAUAGGGCACCAAAGCAGCAAAAGGGAUCCUUGUGCUUGUGUUUGCAACAGGAACCAGAACCUCAACUCCAACUGCUGUCCCACAAAGAAAGGUCUGGCCACUUUGAAAGUGUUCAAGCUCUAUGCAAAGGGUCUGUAUGGGGAUACGACGACUCAGACAGAUGGUUCAGUGGAGGUGAGAUAUGGUAAUCAAGUUUCUCGUACUGCCAUCAUAAGUAACGAUGAUAACCCUGAAUGGCCAAAUACUUUUGAAUUCGGACCAAUCACCAUCAAUUCUUAUGACAGACUGAAGUUAACGGUGUAUGAUGAGGAUUCUUAUUGGGACAGUGAUCUGCUAGGCGAGUGUUCAGUUAAACUGCACAGUGCGACAAAGAGCUACUUUUGCACGUUUGAUCAUGGUACUUUCUACUUCUCCUACAAAGUGGAGUGUGCAGCAAGUCUAGGCGGUGACCAGUGUCAGCAGUACACACCCUCCCCCAUGAGUGAAUCUCUGGCCAAGGUCUUCUACACCAGAAACGGAGUCCUUAGUGGAGAGGCAGGGAUCCAGCAGGCAGUCAGUAAGUCUGUGCGUCAGUUUGAGGUCAGACGCAGAGCUGACAACAGAUUGAGGUUUUGAUCUCAUUAUAAUUUUGCAUGUCGCGAAAAGCAUCUUCCCUCUUUUCUCUGAGUAUGACUUCAGUUUGAAACGUUAUAACAUGUUUUCAUUUUCUCACGUUCAAUGCACAUGAGUGUUUGUGCAAAAUUAUAUGUAUAAUGAUCGUUUUUUCUGUUCCUCUUUCCUGUUACUUACAAAGCCUGCCAUUUAAGCAUCCACAAAUACAUCACAGCUGUCUGUCUGAUUUAUUUCACAGUUCAUUAUAAAUGUAUUAAGUGCUAACAUAAUGUGUACUAUUUAUCUUUAUGUUACUUGAAUUGCAU